AUGUCAGUCGCCGCCCGGUGUGUAACGAGACUCGCAUUACAAUUCAACCGGCAGAAAACGGCCAAACGAAAACCGCAAUAUCGAGAUUGGCGAACCUUUUCCUCUGCACCAAUAUGGCGAGAAGAAGAGAAAACCAACGCAAGCCAGACACCUACUCCGAACACUGAAAGACAAGAAGCACACCCCACAAUCCAAUAUCUCACGAUUGAUGACCUCGAGGAUGACGCCCGAGCGGAAUUCGACCGCGCCUCACCAGAAGAGCAACAGGAAUGGCGCGAAGGUCUAAGAGCACUCUCAGAGGUCGACCACACUGCGCCUUUCUCGGACGAGCUCGACGCAAUGGAAGCAGACAUCGAUCGGGAAGUAGACGAGAUCGAUGAGGCAACACCAUUCAGAUUCCCCGACGUACCCAAACCCAACAAAGACACUGGCGGGUUCUGGGCCGACGCGGAAGAGGACGAGUUAGGCCAAGUCUUCGACGAGGACGAUGAUUUCCAAGCAGAUGAUAUGACGACCCCAGCACACGCCCAGCUAGAUCUACAUCGGGACAUGAGAGAAUAUCAGCGAAGGAUUGCUUGGGAUAUGCCAUUACUCGGCAAAUUCGCCCAAAAAUUCGAACCUCCGCCUCUAACCUCCCCGCUCCGCUUCCGCUACACGACCUACAUGGGCGAAGUGCACCCGGCCGCCAAAAAAGUCGUGGUGGAAUUCUGCCCGUCCGACCUCCCCCAGCUCACCACGCCACAACAGCGCAACAAACUGAUCAAACUCGCCGGCGUGCGCUACAACCCCUCGCGCGACGCCGUCAAGAUCUCCUGCGAGAAGUUCGAGACCCAGGCCCAGAACAAACGCUACCUCGGCGACUUGGUGAACAAGAUGGUCGCCGAGGCGACGGACCCGACCAAGGAUAGCUUCGAGGACGUGCCGUUUGAUUUUCGGCAUCACAAGCCCAAGAUUGUGCAUGCGUUUCCCGAGGAGUGGAAGUUGGGGAGUGAGGAGAAGGUGAGGGAGUUGGUGGAGGGGAGGGAGAAGUGA